ACACUCGGUGACUCAACCUGCUCAGUAAACAAACUUUUCUGUUGGGUGGGGGUGUCAAAGUCAAUUUCAAAGAUUAAGGAACCUUAAGAAAGGAAAGUGGGGGUGGGGCAAGGGAGAGGCUUGAAAUGGCUGGCCCAUCAUUACUGUCAAGACAAGAUGGGGGAGAAUCUUAAAAGUUUGGAAGGAGGAAAGACAAGUUACCUUGGCUAAUAGGAGCUGUUCAAGAUAUUAAAGGUAAAGGUACCCCUGACCAUUAGGACCAGUCGUGACCGACUCUGGGGUUGUGGCGCUCAUCUCGCUUUACUGGCUGAGGGAGCCAGCGUACAGCUUCCGGGUCAUGUGGCCAGCAUGACUAAGCCGCUUCUGGUGAACCAGAGCAGCGCACGGAAACGCCGUUUACCUUCCUGCUGGAGCGGUACCUAUUUAUCUACUUGCACUUUGACGUGCUUUCAAACUGCUAGGUUCAAGAUAUUAGGAGCAUCUACAACAGAAGGCACAGGAAGGAACCGGCCUGGGUGAAAGCAGGAAAGUUUAGGCAGAGCCCAAAAAGAGUGAGAACAAGGCAAUGAAAAGAAACAAUGGAAGAGGAGAAACCGUUGGGGCCAGAGAGAAAGCACACUUAAAAAGUGAGGACUGGAGACUUGAAACCGGUGUGGAGGUUGAACCUCUGUCAUAAGCCUUGGAACUGGCUUGAUGACCGCACCAUUGCACAUUUCCUGUUGCCAGCAGCAGUUGUGAAACUCCCCAGGGUGGGGUCUGGUGAAGGGAGGAAUCUUGGUGCCACUAAUGAUGGCUUGCAGCUGUCCAAGUGUCCAAAGGUCUCCCUGGGUUUAGUCUUAUAAGUCACAGAGCUUCCUGAAAUCUCUCCCGCUCGCCCUGAAACAGCUCCGCUCCAUUUGCAGCAAUGUGGCUCUCCGGACUGGCUCUCUGCCUGGGGCUGGCAUUCGCCGGUGCCAUCAUCCCAGGUAAUGUGGCAGGGUUGUGAGGCUUGCGUCUGCCCAUCAUCCACUCUACUGGGUUGGUACCAGAGCUUAAGGAGAUGGACAUGACCAGGGUGCUGAAAGAUUAGGGUGUUCGGGUCAUGCCCAGGGUCUCCUGGGGUGUCCUCAGAAUGGGCAGGUUGGAUCUAUCAAGAGAGAUCUCUCCACCUGGGAUUUGUGAGGAAAGUUGCCCCACUUGAAUUAUUGCCUGGUGUGUACUGUGAAGUUCAGGGGCGCUGAGCGACUUUGGAGUGGGUCUCUUUUGUAGAUAAAUUUUUAUUGUUUUCAUCAUGUAGUUCUUUUUCCAACAAUCCUUAUUAUCACAUUAUAAUCCCUUUGACUCUGCCGAGUCCUGACUUCCCUCCCUCCCAACCACUGGUAUAUACAUCACAUACUUUUUCCGUAUAUUAUUAUCAUAACUCUACUGUUUUACAUUGAAGGUGUUAUUCCAGUCCUGCUAGUGUCUUAAUAUUUUUGUUGUUCUCCUUUAUAUAUUCAAUAAAUUUGUUAAAAUUGUCAUUGUAUCUCUGGUCCUCUUGGUCCCGGAUCCUUCCUGUCAAUUUGGCAAGUUCCGCAAACUCUUACCAUCUUCACCUGCCACUCCUGGAUGGUUGGAAAAUCUUGUGUUUUCCAUCUUUGGGCCAGUAAAGUUCUUGCGGCGACUGUGGCGUACAUGAACAAAUUCUGGUCUUUUAUUUUAAUUUCUCUUCCCACCAGUGGGUCUGUUUUGUUGCAGUUCCCAUCUGCUAUGGAAACCCCUGAAACAUGACCCAAAGUCAUUGAAAUACAUCAGAGUGGACUCACCUUCCUUGUAGGUUUUUAAGCAGAGGUUGGAUGUCCAUCUGUCACGGAUGCUUUAGCUGUGAUUCCUGCAUUGCAGGGGGUUGGACACUGAGGUCCAGCUCCGAGGGGCUAGUGGCAGUUCCCUCCCUGCAAGAAGUGAGGUUACAGGGAACCAGGCAGAGGGCCUUCUUGGUGGUGGCGCCCGCCCUGUGGAACGCCCUCCCAUCAGAUGUCAAGGAAAUAAACAACUAUCUGAAUUUUAGAAGCCAUCUGAAGGCAGUCCUGUUUAGGGAAGUUUUUAAUGUUUGAUGUUUUAUUGUGUUUUUAAAAUUCUGUUGGGAGCUACCUAGAGUAGCUGGGGAAACUCAGCCAGAUGAAUGGGGUAGUAGUAGUUGUAGUAAUAAUAAUAAUAAUAAUAAUAAUAAUAAUAAUAAUAAACAGUUAUUAUUAUUAGAUGACCCUCUGGGUCCCAAGUCUACAAUCCUGAUUCAAUGCGCUUAUGUAAUCACUGUAUACAGAUCAGCAUAUUUCACCCCUUCCGAUAGAACAUAAAGGGUUCUCCGUUUUCUUAAAGUAUUCUUCCAUCGCUUCCCUUCCCCAAUCAGUAUGUGGAACGUGGAACUGUCUUUCAUGUCGUUUAUCUGGUCGUUCAUUAAUAGUAGUGAUACACUUGGCUUCUCUCCAAUAUGUUGCAUAUCAAGUUCCACUUGUCGAGGGUUUACAGAUAAAUAAUUUCCUUAUCAGAUACUGGGAUAUUCUGCUGAAUGUCUGUUGAAAAAGAGGAUAGGCUCUAAAAUUGAAGCCACAAGGUGUUUAUCUAUUGUAACUUGCAUUUUCAACUUCAAACCAAUAUGUCUGUGUUACUGAGCAUAUCUACUGCGCAUGGGGGACGGGACUUAUUUUAUUUUAAACAUUUCCAUACUGCCCUCCAGUUGAGAAAGUCUCAGGGCAGUGUGCCAAAAUAAUAAUAAUAGUGAAGAUAUUAACACUGCAAAAUAAAACUGCGGAAGUACCUAUUAAAAUUGGGGGAGGGGACAUGCUUGCACCAAUGGUUCUGACUCAGAACAAGGCAGCUUCCUAUGUGUAAAAAUACGUCUCUCUAAUUACUACGCACAGCUAAAUCAGCUUAUGUGUCUACCUUUCUGUCUAAGAGUUCUUACUUUGGAAUUAUGCUCCCAGCCACAGAAAUAACUGAGACAAUUGCACAUUCCUUCCUUGGUUUCUCCUGCCUCCCAUCCCCUCAGGUGUAUUGAAUUUUGAAUUGUAAGCUCCUUGGGGCAGGGGCCUCUUGUACUCUGACCUUAUAAGUGUCAUGUGCACUGAUUGCACUGGAUAAGUGAUAAAGAAAGCCAAUUAAAUUUCACUCUCUAUAAUCAUCCUAAAAUAGACACUUGUUUUGGCUGCCAGGCAAAACAUCUUGAGUGUAAUAAAAUUUAUCAAGGUUCAAUAGUGAUUGCCUGGAUGAAUCGGUCCAAAGUCUACGGCUCCAUUUGGAGCAGGUGUUUGAAGUUGAAAUAAGCAAGUUCUAUACCUGGAGCAAGUUCUCCGUUCACUGUGUUUGUUUUUAGUAUUUGGUUGAAAGAAAAAUGUAGGUAUGGUAAAAUAAAAAGGAGAAUUCCCUGGUUGCCUAGAUCAAGGCUUGUGGCAAGUACUCUUUGGUGAGAGAGCCCCAGCAGAAAUUUAAAAUCACAAAACAGGCAGCAAAGUAAAAUGUGGAAAUAUAGGCUGCUCGACCUUUAAAAUAUCCCCUUCUAAAGUUGCUUCCAGAGUUCCUCUUCCCUUAGCAUAGAAAGAGACCACACAUUUGGUAAGUUAAAAAUGGUUUACUUACAAACUCUUCAAAGGUCAGAUUCAUGUGCUUUUCCAUACAGCAGCAAGAAAAGACAGGCGGUAUAGCUUUGGUUCCAAAAUGGUAAAUGUUUCUCAAUUAUUUGUACAGAAACACAAAGAUGGCUUGCUGAAGCCACACAGUCGAAGCUUGGAGCAUCCAGCUUAGACCUCUUACUGGUAGGGUUUGUAUGGUGGAAGAGUAGGAAGUGGGAGAACAGAGUUUGGUAAACCAAGGUGAGGGGAAGCGAUCAAGCUAAGCCUGGCAGGACAGCUUACUUUAUGGUCUUAACCCCUUCAUGCAGUAAUGAGACUUGAGCAUGUUGGUUAUAUGAGGCUGAUUUAUCCCACACACUGUUCAUUCCUGGUUCUCCAGGCCUCAACACUCCUCGUUUUCUGGGGAUUUGAUACGCAAUCUCUCCCUCACCAGUUAUUUGCAGGUUGCAUUUGCUUACUAAGAUUGCUUCCAGGCUUCCAGUAUUUUGCAGGAGGAAUACGAGCACAUACUAGACAUUAAGGUCUGUGCAGUUAAAGUGGCUCUGCUUUCCUAGGGCAACAAAUCCACUUUUUAAACAACAGCAAACUUUGUGCAGUUUGGAAACUGACAAGCAAGCAGGUGUGCUGAAAAGUGUGUGGUCAACAAAUGUUGAUCCACUUCUGGGCACCCCAGUUUAAGAAUGAUAUUGACAAUCUGGAAUGUGUGCAGAGGAGAGCAACCAAGAUGAUAAAGGAUCUGGAAAUCAAGCCAUAUGAGGAGCAGUUGAGGGAACUGGGUAUGUUCUGUCUGGAUAUGAGGAGUCUGAGAGGAGAUAUGAUAGCCAUCUUCAAAUAUCUAAAGGACUGUCACAUGGAAGAGGGAGCAAGCUUGUUUCUGCGGCUCCAGAGGGUAGGACCCCAACCAAUGGAUUUAAAUUGCAAAGAGGAGAUUCCGACUAAACAUCAGGAAGAAUUUUCUGACAGUAAGAGCUGCUUCACAGUGGAACAGACCCCCCUUGGAAGGUGGUGGACUCUCCUUUGGAGAUUUUAAGUAGAUGUUGGAUGACCAUCUCUUGUGGAUGAUCUAGCUGAGAUUACUGCAUUGCAGGGGUUGGACUAGAUGACCCUCAGGAAUCCCCUCCGAUUCUAUGAUUCUAUACUUCUAUGAAUGGGAAGGUGUAUAUCCUCCCUGCAGACAAAUCAAUACUAACCAAUCUAUCCUUCAUGUAGGCUUUGUGGAAGCAGAUCAGGAUGAAGUUCAAUAAACCAGUCAUCUGGGGGAGCCAAUAAGAAAGGUUUGCACUGCCAACCCUAAUUCCUGGUUGUUGUUUUCUGUUCCUCAAGCUCAAGAGGAGAAGCCCUCCUUCUGGAACCAGCAGGCUCUCAAGGCCAUCGAGCAAGCCCUGAACCUCCGUCCCCGGCACUACAAAGCUAAGAACCUCAUCCUCUUCCUGGGAGAUGGUAAGUGGGCAAAACGCUUGGGUUGCGCUCCCCUGUCUAUGUAGCAUGAGCAAGAAUAAAUUAUUCUCUCUGUGCAUGCAGAACUAAGCGCACACAGAACAAUGUGAGCCCCAGUGUAGAACCAAGUCAGCACUCCCAAGCCGAGGCUUCCCCAACCUGAUGCUUUGCUGAUGUUGUUGGGCUCCAGAAUGCCUGGAGGGCACCAGGUUGGGAACAGUGGUGUAGCAUGGGUUGCCAGAUCCUGGGGCAGCACGGAAGGAGAGAAACAGACAGAGUACGCUUGCGCAUUCAACUGCCUAAUGCAGUGAUUGCCAAACUUGGCCCUCCAGCUGAUUUGGGACUACACUUCCCAUCAUCCCUGACCACUGGUCCUGUUAGCUAGGGAUGAUGGGUGUUGUAGUCCCAAAACAGCUGGAGGGCCAAGUUUGGCUAUCACUGGCCUAAUGGCUUCUGUGUCACCCAGGAGAUCAUAGCCACAGAGAUAAGAAAAGAAAAACCAUUCCGUUGCCUGGAGAGGUCACUUCCUGGUUCUAGGAGAAGCUGUUUUCAACGGAGCCCAGUGAUAGAAGCACGCACCUGUAUUGAGGCAGCACAAGGUGUUGGGAUUUUGCGCCCCUAACAAUUUUGUGCCCAGGGCAACUGCCCCGUGGCCUCCCCCCACAUGUUACGCCACUGGUUGGGAAGGCUGCAUAGUCAAACAAGCUCCUUUCCCUGAGCCUUGCAUUUCCAAGAACCAGCCCCAAGGAUGCAGAAGCUUGCUUUCCUCUCCAGGUUGUGUUUGAUGCUGAUAAACCGAUUUGGACAGGAGUCCUAUAUCAAGGGAAACGCUAUCGGUGCAUUAAUGGCUCUCAUUAACUGGCAUUAAAUGUUCAGAAGGUGUGUGCCAUAAUGAUUUGCUGGUCGUGUUGCCAAUAGUCUUCUUUGGACUCUUGACGUGCUUGAUAAUUCAGGGAAACUCUGGUUCCAAAGUCAGGAAGGCAACAAUUCCGGAGGCUGCGAAGAUUAUGGGAACUGAUGGUUAUGCAAAUUAAGUGAGAUAAAUUAAUAACGUAAGAAGAUCAGGCCAAAGUCCCACCUAUUUCAACAAUCAUUUCUCACACUGGCCAACCUAUGGCAAGCAGGCCAUGAGUGCAACGUCAAUGUGUCACUCUUUUUUAAUAAUAAUAAUUUUUAUUAAUUUUCAAGUACAAUCCAAUAAUAGCCUCAUUAUAACAAUACCAAAGUAUAAUACAGUUACUAAUACCAAUCAUUCAAAUACCGAAUUAUAUAAUUUAGGUGCCGCCACCCCCACCCCGCAUGCUAGAAUUGAUAGUUUGAUUAUUUUCUUUAUUUCUGCGUUCCAAAAUCUUAUUAAUUUCAAUUUCAUAUCGGUCAAAGUAAUAAUCUCUUAUAGAACAACUGCAAUAUUAAUAUCUUCUAUUCGUAUUGACACAUUAAGUGAUUUAUAGAACUACCAGUGAGGCACUCUAACUAUAACCUUGUUCUUCCUGUGUGUGGCAAUUAUUCUGUCCGUGGUGUUUCUUCCUGUCCUUGUAAAAUGUUAUGUCUAUCUUUUCCUGUUUGUUGCUGUUAUCUGUCAUGCUUUGGGCGAAGCUGAUAUCCCAUUAUCGUUUCAGAAAUUUCUCCGUUGCUCUGUCCCGUGCUUUGUUGUUUUGCAACUUUAACAACAGCUGCAAAAAUCACUCUGUCCCAAUAAAUAGCCUGUCACUCAUGUUCCCCAGCUUUGUUUCCCGUGAAUUUGCUAAGGAGAGCCUGCAGGGUCAAGAAAAAAGUCCCAUCUAGUACAGUAUCUUGUUCUCACUAUGGUCAGCCACACACUCCAAUGGGGAGUCUGCAGUCAGAACCUGAGUGCAACCUCUUUGCCUCUGGUCAAAAACUGGGGUGCAAGCAGUGGUGGACCUACAUUUGGGGCCUCCUGAACUGUCACAGGGGCCCCUUCACAGCCAGCAAUGAGCUCUGGGUAACCUCUGUCAUCUUCUUCAAUUGGGUUGGUCCAUGACAGAUCUCCACAAAUUUUCCACGAGUUUGCGUUUUUUGGGAUCCACCUGAGGACUUGUGUGAACUCAUCGUUAUUCCUCUUUGUUAUGACCUCUGUUUAAAAGGGGAGGGAAGCAUCAGCCGCAGCAGAACAGCCAACUUAAACACAACACUCCACCUUUACAACAGCGGUGCUUCUGACUCUGAAACCUUGGGAUUGUUGAAAUAUAUACCAAAAACAAAUUAAUCAAUUUGAGUCAUGCAACUCAAAUUGGGGACUCAGCUACAUUAGUAAAAAAAACAAAACAAAAAAAACCCCAGUAUUUGGAAUGUGUUAUAAACAUGCAAUACCAGAUGGCAAUGAAGAGCAAAAAAAAAAUAAUAUUUGUGAUUUUCCACAGUGGUCCCCCCCCCUUUGUUAUAACGGUUUAAUUUCUGGCUUAUUUAUAGCAUUUUAUUCCUGUGUAUAGAUCCACCCUGGGUCUACUAGACCCCACUUUUGUAAGCAAUGUAGACUAAAGCUGCUUCUGGGGGCCCUCUGGGAUUGGGGGCCCUGGGGUAUAAGCUUCAUUAGUUUCAUAGUUGAUCCAAAGCACCAGUCCCUCUUUCAAACCAUCUUUCCUUCUGCUGCCUUAAGCUGGGUUAUUUUUUGUUUUGGUGAAGUCAGGGAGUGUGAAAUACCGUAUUUUUCACUCCAUAAGACGCACCUGACUGUAAGACGCACCUAGUUUUUAGAGGAGGAAAACAAGAAGAAAAAAUAUUCUGAACAAAACAGUGGAUGUAUGAUUUUUGUGGUUCAUGCUGUGGCCACACACAUGUGAUCUGAUGGUGAAUUUGGGUGACCCAAUGCAAAAAUCCUGAGGAUCCAUGUGGAUCCGUGCUUUGUAACCAUGUUUUUGCACCAUUGUGGCCCCAGGAAACAGUGGAUGCGUGAUUUUUUUGGCGCAAGCUGUAGCCAUGGACAUGCUAUGUGAUCUGAUGGUGAAUUUGGGGUGACCCAAUGCAAAAAUCCUGAGGAUCCAUGGGCUUUUACCUCCCCCCUCCCAGGCAGCCUCCUCUAGGUCCCUUAUCUCUCUUCUGAUCCCACCGAUCAGCUGUUUCCUUUCAAUACUCCCUUCCCUCUUGUUUGCCUUAGUGUCUUUUCCUUAACUGGAGCAGUUUUUUGCUCCUCCUUUUCUUCUAAUUUCUCUCCUUAUUGCUUUAGUCUUCCUGUUUCCCCCUUUUGCAAGUUUGCUGUCUUUACCUCCCCCCGACCAGGCAGCCUCCUUUAUCUCUAGCAUCCCUUAUCUCUCUCCCCGAUCGGCAAACGAUCAGCGGCUUUGUUUCAACACCCACUUCCCUCUUUAAAAAAAAAAAAAAAAAGGAUGAUCUGCUUUUCGCCCCUGGGCAAUUUCACUCCAGGGACCACGCAUUUGCUCCAUAAGACGCACAGACAUUUCCCCCUACUUUUUAGGAAGAAAAAAGUGCAUCUUAUGGAGCAAAAAAUACAGUAGAUGUCGUUUCUCUGGGAGGAAACUGCUCUGGGAACACUGUGUAUUGAGGGGCAUAAGAGGUGUUUGUGUCAGGAUCCUGUGGGCUGCAAACCUUCUCACUCUGUCUCCCUGUCAGGCAUGGGCCUCCCCACCAUCACCGCCACCCGAAUCCUGAAGGGAGAGAUGAAGAACCAGCUGAGCCCCCAGUUGCCUCUGGCGAUGGAUGCCUUCCCUUACGUGGCUCUUUCCAAGGUGCCUUCCAUCUGUGCUUGUUCCUGCAGUUUGGGGUGGGGGGGCAAAUGGCUUUCAGGGAAUCGUGCCUUUCUUUCCACUGAGAAGGUUCUUUUUCUCUACUUGAGGCCAAUCAGGCAGUAAUUCAGCAGGUGAAGCCUGUACUGACUGCACCUUCUUUGGGCGAGGCUCGUAGCUCAAGCUCUCACCUUGCAUGCAUGCAACUGCCAAGUGCAGUCUUAACAUAGCUGUCAACUUACAGAUUUGAAAAUAAGGGACCAGCAGCCUUGAAAAUAAGGGAUCAGCAGCCAAAAUAAGGGAUUUUCCAAGCACAGGUAUGUUCAACUUCUGAGCCCCUCCGAGCCAAAGGCAGAAAGCCCAGCCAGCAGCCAAACGAAGCCUCAAGCGGUGGUUCCCACAGCACAGCAACCCAGCAAAGGGGAUGCAGCAAGGAAAACCACCGUCACCUCUCUGAUGGGAAGCGCUGAGCAAAGGCGAGUCCCCAGGCAACGUGGCCGAUUUGAUUGGCACAAGGCAUGCAAGCUCCACCCCCCAGUCGUUCUUAGACUCCUUAUUGGGUGAGCAACGCAGCCAAGCAACACAGUUGGAGCCUCCCUCCUUCCUGACUGGCAGGGAGAGAGGGAGAGACAGGAGCCGCUUCCUUUGAAACCCGGGAAAUUUAAGGGACAUCAUCAAUAAGGGACAGCAGCAGGAAACAGCGCUGGGAUAAGGGACUUUCCCGCCAAAUAAGGGAUGGUUGACAGCUAUGAGUCUUAAGCAAGUUGGUUUGGGGAGCAUUGCUAGAAGAGGCAGCAGAGAGCCAGUAAAGGACCUGUGGCAGCUAUAUCACAUUUUCCCAUUCAUUGGCCAUGGAAAAGCAUCACAUGAUUGAAUUUUCACCUGCUGUCAAGUGUUGUCUGCAAUGACUGGUAACCUCUCUCCAGGGGUUGAGAGAGGGGUUCUUAACUGGAGAUGCUGAGGAUGGAAGCUGGGACCUUCCUCCUCAUGCAAUGCAGAUGCUUUGCCACUGAGCUACAGCCUUAGUCAAGGUGUGAUUGAGGAACCACAGAGAACCCACCAUCAAUGCAAGUGGGGCAAGUGUGGGAGACAUUUCCCUUGGGUGUUCAAGUGCGGAGACUCACACCCAAUUCCUAAUUAGAUUGUAUUCAGUAAUGCAUUACCAGACGGAGUCCUAAGAGUCUGCCAGAGCUUACCAGUGGCAUACACACUAUAGUGGAAAAACAUGUCACCUUGGCUGUCUCAUCCUCUUCCAACCACCUUACGGCCACCCCAUCACCCCACAAUUUCUCAUCCAGCCACAGUCCUUGGAAAAACUUACUCAACCCACUUUUUCAAACUCUACGUGCAAAACCCUCCAUGCACCUUACCUCAGUUGUUUUUCACUUUGAUGGUCAGCUGUUAGCUUCCAGCCAUGUGGUUUUGCCAUGUUCCUGCGUACGUGACACUGUUCUCGCUGACAGAAAUGCCACGUCACAAGCAAUUUUCUCAUGUCUUGUUCACGGGCUGCAGGAAACGGCUGCCUACCAUUCCCUUACCCCAACAGUAGGGCCGGCCUCCCAACAGCUCACUGGAGGGUGUGAGAGGGCAGCCUUUAAGCUUCUUCCCAGCCAUGUCUCCUUUGGUUUUGGCAGACGUACAACGUGGACCGGCAAGUGCCCGACAGUGCUGGCACUGCCACCGCCUACCUCUGUGGGGUGAAGGGCAACUACAAAACUAUUGGGCUGAAUGCAGCUGCCCGGGUCAGCCAGUGUAACACAACAGUUGGCAACGAAGUCGUGUCUGUGAUGCAGAGAGCCCGUGCAGCUGGUAAGAUGGAGGGCACAGAUGGAGAAACAGAGUCUCAUUCACACAAGGGGUGGGAUUAAAGCACGUUUAUUUCCUCACAAAGAACCCUGGGAACUGUAGCUACUAGCGGGCGCUGGGAGUAAACUACAGUUCCCAGGAUUCUUUGGGGGAAGCCAUGUGCCUUCAAUGUAUGUUGUGUCCAACACCCGGCCUGCUAGGUCUUCUUGAUGCUUUAAGAGAAAUGUUUUGAGUCAGGAUAAGGCCCCUGGGUCAGAGCCUUCUUGGGCCUGGAGGUGGAGCAGAGCAGUUUGUGGCAGAUCCAUUUGCCCUAGACGUACAGCUAAAAUGAACAUCAGAGGAAGUGGCGUUCAAGGAUUGAUGGAAUCAAUUUGCCACCCCAUGGUGGUUGGCAACCAUUUUUGUAGCCAUCUGGGUGGUUUGUCUGACUAAAGCUCUCUGAUGCUUGUAAGGAGUCACAACACCUCCAGGCCACCAGGGGGCAGCACCCCAACACUUGGUUACAGAAAUGUAUUGUGUGUGUGCCCCCCACCAACUUAAGGUAAAGGUAAAGGGACCCCUGACCAUUAGGUCCAGUCGUGGCCGACUCUGGGGUUGCGGCGCUCAUCUUGCUUUAUUGGCCGAGGGAGCCAGCGUACAGCUUCUGGGUCCUGUGGCCAGCAUGACUAAGCCACUUCUGGCAAACCAGAGCAGCGCACAGAAACGCCGUUUACCUUCCCGCCGGAGCGGUACCUAUUUAUCUACUUGCACUUUGACGUGCUUUCGAACUGCUAGGUUGGCAGGAGCAGGGACCGAGCAAUGGGAGCUCAUCCCGUCACGGGGAUUCGAACCGCCGACCUUCUGAUCAGCAAGCCCUAGGCUCUGUGGUUUAACCCACAGCGCCACCCGCGUCCCUCCCCCCCCCAACUUAGUUACGUCUUAUUGGGCUCAGGGUUUGCCCUCACACUUGCAAACCCUUAAUCCCAGAGAUGUAGAUGGUAAGCAUGGUCCUUUCAUACUUAGGGGAGGCACUCAGUACAUGCCCAGAAGCAUUGUCUUCUCCUUCCUCCAAGUUUCUGAUCAAAGAUGAAACCCCAGUUCAAUCUCUUGCCUGGCCCAGACAGUCCCUCUUGCAGACAAUCUCUCUCUCUGCCCAAUUUCAGGAAAGUCUGUGGGGAUUGUGACCACCACGCGAGUCCAGCAUGCAUCGCCCUCUGGGAAUUAUGCCCACGUGGUGAACCGGAGCUGGUACUCGGAUGCCGACAUGCCUGCCUCAGCAAUUUCAGAAGGCUGCAAGGACAUCGCUCAGCAACUUGUUAAAAACGUCAACCUGACGGUGGGUUGUGGAGAGGGAAAGCAAACCUCCACCUUUCUGGGCUUGCAAUCCACUCCUGCCCUCUCUGCUCUGUUAUCCUGCUUAGGGUAAGCUGUGGGGCAGCUUUUGCCAACCUGGUGCCCUCUCCCCACUUGCGACUCCCUGCAGCUGUAACACUGCAUUCUUCCUUCCUGCCUGGGCGUCCCCCUCUUCCCCAUCACGCUUCCAAGCUGACCACUGUUGGUUUCUAUUUCCCUCACUGAGCAGCAACUGCAGUCACAAGACAUUGUUUUACAUUCCACAGUCUGUACUGUUGGGUUUUCUCACGGGAAAGGGAGACUGGAUGUGACGUACACUGGUUUCCUGUUUUUUUCACUGUGUGAUUCUCUCCGAGCUGAGAGAGGAGAGAGGAUGCAUUUUCUGCUCUUGCAGAGGCAAGAUGUCUUUCUGUAAUAUACCAGCUUUGAACUGUAAAUAAAGCAAUAUGGAGUAUGUAACACAUUUUCCUCAUCCUUCCGCUGGGCACGACAGACUCUGCUUUAAAUCAACACGUGGUUAUGGACUCCAGAGGUCGAAUCGGAGUGCCGGCAAAGGAUCGGAUUGCAGAGGGACGGAUCGGAAAGGAAUCUGCUCUGCGCGUAGAAGUGAUUGAUGAGGUAUGUGCUACUGCUCCGGGCAGCCUGCCAGCUUCAAGAUAAUGGCUUUAUGGCUGGACUUUGAACUUUUAAAGCCGGUUUUGCCGGGAAUAGGCAAAAGGCUCCCAGGCACAAGUCACUAUGCUGGGGAAAUCGUAGUAACUUUUAAGUGUGCCUUUGGAUAAGGCAGCUGCAGCAGUGACGCAGCAAGAUUUAAAGCAGCAUAUGACGCUGAAGGCUAAUGCCAGAGUCAUGAUGGCCCUUCAGGAUGCUUGUGGGAUUCCUAAGCUCAACAAGAAAAAUUACAGCGACUGGGUUCAGUAUGCAGAGGCAAUUCUGCGGAAAGAGGGUUUGUUUGAGGUGAUUACAGGAACCCCCAGUUCCAGUUACAGAUGCAUGGGAAGCUAAGGAUUCCAAAGCAAGGGGAACUCUUACAUUGAUAGUAUCCCCAGAAGAGCUCUGUCUAUUGCGUGAUAAGACCUCAGCCAGAGAAAUUUGGGACGCUCUGAGAGAGGCUCAUUUAAGGACAGAAGCUGGAUCAACUAUGUUUUACUUUAACAAGCUGCAUAAUAUGGCUCUUGCUGAAGGUGGAGAUGUACGUUUACAUCUAAUGGAGAUGCAAAAUCUGAGACAUGAGCUGCAGCAGAGAGGACUCAACUUUCCAGAGGCUGUGUAUUCUUUCAUGAUACUACAAUCUUUGGGUUCAGGUUGGGAGUCUGUUGCAACCCAGAUUGCUGUGCAACCAACAGCUCAGCUGACAGUGGACUUUGUUACUGCCGUGAUUUUAAAUGAAGCAGAUCGCCGGGGUGCAAGCUGCAUGGGCAAGGGGGAGUCUUCACAGACGUCAUCCCAUAGUGCAGUGGAACCACCAGAUGGCGCCAAAGCUAUGAAGGCAGUGAAAUGCUACUCGUGUGGACGUCUAGGCCAUAUGAAGAGGGAAUGCAGACAUCCCAGGGCCAAGACAGAGCAGCGCAGCGAAAGCUCAUCGCGUGGAAAAGGCCGAGGCAAAGGCAAAGGUCCGGUGUCUAGGACAACGCAGCACAAGGCUAUGGUUUCACGCUUCACUCCAAAGGUUGCAGAGGUCCAGAAGACGUCUAGAUCUUUCUUCGUUGUUGAUUCAGCGGCCACCCACCACAUGUGCAACGAUAAGAAACUGUUUGUGUCUUUUACACCGCAGGAAGGUGCGAUUCACCAGGCGGAUGACCACACUAUUCCCAGUAAAGGCUACGGAACUGUUGUUCUUCACAGUUUGGACUUAUCGAUACAGAAUGUGCUUUACGUGCCAGACGCCAAACAUAAUCUGCUCAGCGUUGGACAGCUGAAUGAGCGGAACAUUGACGUUUCCUUCAAGAACAAGAAGUGCAUCAUCACAAAGAAAAAUGAUUAUGUAUUGCAUGCAGAAUAUGUUGAUCAUUUGUUUGUUUUGUAUUAUGAUGAUGUGGUGCAGGAUGACACUUGUUGCAUUGCAGGUUCUAACAAAAGUUUGCAUGCAGAAUGUAUUCACGAUUUUCAUCGCAAAUUUGGUCAUUUGCAUUUUGAGGCAGUAUCUAAAAUGCCUGCCUUGGUUGAAGGUAUGACUAUUAAACCCUGCAGGUACCACAUGAAGUGCAAAGCAUGCGCAGCAAACAAAGUGAAAAUGGCUGCGAAAGGUAAGGUGUCUAGUAGGAAAGCUACAGAACCAUACCAGGUUGUUCAUGCUGAUUUGGUUGGACCACUAUCGCCCUCUUUGGGUGGAAAUAGAUACUUCAUGGUUCUCAUUGAUGCAUUUUCUAGAUAUAUUUUUGUGUACAAUCUCAAGCAGAAAUCGGAGGCUUUUCCUAGGUUCAAGGAAUUCUGUGCUUGGUUGGAAAAUGUGCAUGGUAAGAAGAUAAAGACUCUUUUCAGUGAUCGCGGGGGGGAAUUCACUUCUCAGCAGUUUGAAGCUUUUCUGACUGAGAAAGGAAUUCAACACGAUUUGUCUAGUCCUCGCUCGCCAUGGCAGAAUGGACUUGCGGAACGGGCAAAUCAGACAUUGCUUCAAGGCUUAAAAACCUUGCUGCAUGAUGCCAAUCUUCCAGAGAGUUAUUGGGCCGAAUCUCUCUCGUGUUUUGUUUACAGUUACAAUCGCAGAUUAUCUUCAGCGAUUGGUUGUACCCCCUAUGAGAAGAUGUUUGGCAAGAAGCCAUACAUCAAACACAUGUGGGUUCACUCACCACAAAACUCCAAGUUAGACAAGCGUGGAUUGCAUGGUAUCUUUCUAGGUUAUCAGAAAGGGUCUUACAGAAUAAUGAUGACUGACUCUAAGACAAUUAAGCUCACGAGAAGUGUUGAGUACAAUGCAAAGUGGGGGAGAAUGUGGGAAUUUUCCAAUGUUAUCCUGAUGACGGUGAUGAGACUGAGGAUAGUCAAAAGCAACCACAACAACCCACACCCACUGAUGAAGGUUCUGAGUCUGAAUCUGAAACUGAAUCGGGUGAUUCAGAGGAUUUCAAGAGUGCGAAAGCCUCUAUGCGACCCUCUGAAAGCUCUGAUCAAGAAUUGGAGGAACCAUUGUUCACAAUAGGUCGUUUUUCUCCUAAGAAGGAAGAGGAGAGUGUUGAAGACUUAAGGCUAAUUCGUAGGUCACAGAGAGCCACAAAGGCAAACCUCCAAAGAGAUUUGCUGAUGAGUUUGCUAAGAUAGCAGUAACAGCUGUUAAAAGCUCCAAGAAGGUAUUUGAACCUUCAAGUUUCCAAGAAAUCCAGGGUUUGGAUUCAAAGGAAGCUGAGCCAUGGUUAAAUGCCAUGAAGGCUGAGCUUGAUUCCUUAGAAAGGAACAAAACAUGGGAGCUAGUUCCAGUAGUUCCAGGAAUGAAACUGCUUGGAAGCAAAUGGGUCUUCAAAGCGAAGACAGAUCAAAAUGGCAAGAUAGUCAGACACAAAGCCAGAUUGGUAGCCAGAGGUUUUGCACAGGUACCAGGUGAAGACUAUCACGAGACCUAUUCACCCACAGUGAGAUAUGAAAGCAUUAGGCUUAUGCUCAAGCUAGCUGCAGAGGAAAAUCUACACAUUAGUCACCAUGAUAUUAAUACAGCUUUUCUGUACGGAUCUCUAGAUGAAUCACUUUAUAUGCUUCCACCUGAUGGCGUACAGGUAAAACAGGGAUUUGUUUGUGCUCUGAAGAAAUCCCUUUAUGGUCUCAAACAAAGUGCACGGUGUUGGCACACAAAACUCACUGAAGUAUUGUUUUCUCUAGGUUUUCAGCAAGGAAAGCUGAUCCAUGUGUAUUUGUCAAAGAGGAGGGGCAAAAGAAACUGUACUGUUUGUUUUAUGUUGAUGAUUUAUUAUUCUUUUGGAAAGAUGUCGCAAUGUACAAUAGCGCCCUAGCUCAACUGAAAGAGCACUUUGACAUGAAAGAUCUUGGUGAGGUAAACAACUACCUAUCUCUGGAAAUAGAGAGAGAUCAAGAUGGUAACAUUCUAGUACACCAGUCACGGAAAAUUGCUGAUGUGUUAAGCAAACUAAAUAUGAUGGAUGCUAACCCUGUAGACACACCGAUGACAACAGGUCAUCAGGUAGAUGACACUGAAGAAGCAUUUUCUGACACUACACUGUACAGGAGUGUGCUAGGCAAGCUAAACUUCAUUGCCAGAUGUUCAAGACCAGACAUUGCUGUUAGCUGUAAUUUGCUAAGCAGACAAGUCAACAAUCCUAGUGUCAAGGAUUGGAAAGCUCUGAAACGCAUAGCGCGGUAUUUGAAAGGCACUAUGCAUUACAGACUGAGAUUUAACAAUCAGAAGUCUGGUGGUCUUGAGAUAUUUGCAGAUGCAAGUUUUGGAAGUGACGCUACAGACAGGAAAAGUACGUCUGGAGUUUGCUAUAUGUACAAUCAGAGUCUGUUUGAUUGGUCAUGCAAGAAGCAAACAACAGUUAGCUUAAGUACUUGUGAAGCUGAACUGAAUGCACUGUCUUAUUCACUUAAGGAUUGUGAAUGGUUAGUACAAUUGUGCAAAGAUAUGAAAAUUCCUGUCAAAUGUCCAAUCCAGGUUUACCAGGACAACAAAGCAUGUUUGGCUUUGCUGAAGUCUGAAGGUUGUAAGCAAAGCACAAAGCACUUACAAUUAAAGUUGCAGCAUGCUAGGGAAUGUAUUCAGAAGGGACUCGUAACGGUGUCCUAUAUGCCAGGUAAUGAAAUUCCUGCUGAUGUAUUGUCCAAGAUUGUAUCAAGGGAUCAACACUGUACCUAUGUGCAGAAGUUGGGUUUGUACUGAUAUUGUGCGAACACGCUGCCCAGUGAUGUUCACAGAAAGGGGAGGAUGUUGGUUUCUAUUUCCCUCACUGAGCAGCAACUGCAGUCACAAGACAUUGUUUUACAUUCCACAGUCUGUACUGUUGGAGUUUCUCACGGGAAAGGGAGACUGGAUGUGACGUACACUGGUUUCCUGUUUUUUCACUGUGUGAUUCUCUCCGAGCUGAGAGAGGAGAGAGGAUGCAUUUUCUGCUCUUGCAGAGGCAAGAUGUCUUUCUGUAAUAUACCAGCUUUGAACUGUAAAUAAAGCAAUAUGGAGUAUGUAACACAUUUUCCUCAUCCUUCCGCUGGGCACGACAGACUCUGCUUUAAAUCAACAACCACACAUUCUGAACUUACAUUUUGUACUUUUGUAACUUAGAUAGUAGUUAUAAACCUGCCCUUCCAUUUUUCUGCCAUAACUGCUGCUUCAAGACCUAGAUUAUGUAAGUAAAUACUACUUUUACUUCUUCACAAAACAAUGUUGUUUUAAAUGGGAGAUACCAGGGAAACCCACCCUGUCUUAAAAAAGCAUCCUGGAUUAUUGCUUCCAGAAGGUUAAAUCAACCUUGUUUUAGCUUCCAAGUUUAAGCUGCAAAACAUGGUAUUCUGUUGAUCUCACCCACUUGAGCAAGGAAGGAUAAUAACUAUAUCAUAUAUCUUCUCCCCGUGCCUGUAUAAAUCCAUUCCUACAGUGCACCUCUCGAGGUGUCCUUGCCCUGGGUCCCUUCAAACCUGGGAAAUCUCCUGCCAAGAUGGCUCCCCUGAGUGCUUGCUUUCGCUUGUGUGCACAUUCACACAACCCUUCGUACGACGUGUGACUUUCUUGACAGGUGAUCCUGGGCGGUGGCCGGAAGUACAUGACUCCAGCGGGCACUCAGGACCCCGAGUACAACACCAACUCCAGCAAGGGCAUACGCCAGGAUGGCAAGAACCUUAUCACAGAGUGGCUUAACUCCUCACCGGUAAGCUUAUCUCACCCAAAUGCUUUUGCUUUUGGAAUUGUGGACUUGACACGAGGAUGGUGUAAUAAAUGAAAAUCUGCCCUUAUUACCUUAUGCAGGACACAAGAGCCCUUAUAGAGUGCUUUGUAGGUUCUCCAUCGGUCGGAGAAAAGAACAGAGGCCAACCAGAGAAUAUUGAGAAGUAAAGCAGCUCAUAAGCCUGAUCUUUAUUGAUCUGUUGCAACAGGGUGCUCCCCUCACACGCAGGAAAGGAGGAGGAGCCAGAACCAAGGUGUGCCCACCCUUAUAUAGACAUUUUAAUUUGCCCGCCUUGGAGUCCAAGACCACCCCCAGAAACAUCAUACCCCAUCACAGAAGGGGUGUAGCUCAAGACCACCCCCCUCCAGAUACAUCAUACCUACAUCACAAAAAGGGCGGUCUACAGCAGAAAUCUGAGUGCGUUGUUUACCUCCUGUCAUUGUUUAUCUCCUGUCUGGCAGGUUACCUGUUAAUGCUUACCCUGGGGAGCCUGGCUAGUCCUUUGUAGUAACAAAUACCCAGUUCCUGAGCCAGGCCACAGGCUCACCCCAUUCAUACACAGAUAUACCCUUAAGACAGGAUUUGUGAAAGAAAAGACAAUGGGGAGGCUUUUCCAUUUUCCUUUGACCUUGCAGAGAAAACAUUUGGUCAGUUUGAGAGCCAAAAUGGCUCCAGGACUGCCCUCCUGCGCUGCUUCAGACAUGUGGUUCACAUAUUUAUGUACGUGUUGUACACCUCUGGAGCAUGUUUCUCCUCGCAAAGAUUUUCGGGCACCAUAGAGUUACAAUUGGGCCACACAGCCUGCCAUCAGGGGAGGGAUUGCAACUCAGCAGAAGAUUUGUGCUCAUGCUUAAAUUCAAAAGAUGCCAGGUUCAAUUCUUGGUACCUCCAGUUAAAAGGAGCACAUGACAGAGAGCUCUUUCUGCUUCAGAGUUUGGAGAGUGGCUGCCAGUCAUGUGGGGAGAAUUUCCCCUUGUGGGUUCAAGUAUGGAAGCUCACACCCAAUUCCCAACUAGUCAGACUUUAUUCAGCAAUGCAUUUCUGGACGGAGUUCUAACAUUCUGCGAGAGCUUAGAAUGCUCUCUGUGUAGGAAAAAUAUAGGAAAAAUAUCUGUGUAGGAAAGAGCCAGUGUGGUGUAGUGGUUAAGAGCGGUAGUCUCGUAAUCUGGGGAACCGGGUUCGGGUCUCCGCUCCUCCACAUGCAGCUGCCGGGUGACCUUGGGCCAGUCACACUUCUCUGAAGUCUCUCAGCCCCACUCACCUCACAGAGUGUUUGUUGUGGAGGAGGAAGGGAAAGGAGAAUGUUAGCUGCUUUGAGACUUCUUCGGGUAGUGAUAAAGUGGGAUAUCAAAUCCAAAUAUGCAAUCUUUGCUAUUUCAUUCUCUCCCCAUCCACCUUCUGCCACCCCGUCACCCCACAAUCUCUUAUCCAACCACAAUCCUUGGAAACACUUACUCAGCUCAAUCCUUUUUACUGUAUGCACAGAGCCCUUCUUGUGCCUUAUCUGGAGCUGUUUUUCACUUCAACAGCCAGCCGUUAUGGAACUCUAAAAGUAGCUCUUACCAGUCUUCUGGUCAGGUCUUGUUUCUGCAUACAUGAUGCUGGCCUAACUGAUAAUGGGUUUAACAAAAAUCCCACCUCACAGAGGGGACAAUAUUGGAGUAGACAGGCAAAUAUUCUCCAAAAGGAAACACAUUUUAAACUGUGGUGGAUAUAGCAAGCUAUGUUGGGCCUGAGAGGCGUAGAAAAUAUCCCCUCAAUUCUUUGUGUUUCUUCCUAGGGUACCAAGUACGUCUGGAACCGAACACAGCUCCUGAGUGCUGCAGACGACCCAGCUGUGAGCCGCCUCAUGGGUAACGGGUUCAAAUCCCCAUUUGCCUCCCAGUUUCUUCAUCCAUGGUGUCUUAGGCAGCUUACAGCUUUAAAGCACAUUAUUUCCCUCAAAGGGUUAUGGGCAAUGUAGUUCACCCCUCGCAGAGUGACAAUUCCCAGCAACCCUUAACAAACUACAGUGCCCAGAAUUCUUUGAGAAAAAGAAUAUGCUUUGAAUGUGCUUCAAAGGCACACACAGCCUUAUUCAGCCCUGUCUUGAAAUGCAUAUCACUCACCGCACUUCCCUGUUGCAGCGAUUAGAAGUGUUUUUCUCAGAAUGCAUUUCAGACCAGUUUAUAUGCACAGGAGAAUCAAGCAGAAAUCCUGGACCGAACUGCUUUGGGCUGCAGAUUUCCCUGUGUCUCUCUUCACGUGUGAAUGUUUCCUCAUGUAGGGAGUGAGGGAAGCCCCAUGACAUGUGUAAAAUUCCAGGAGUGAGGGUUUUGUGGCACAGCCUUCAGACCAGCACUUCUCUCCUCUCACGAGUCCCACCUGCACCCAAAAUGGUGCCUUCUGGGAAAAGCUGUAACCCUGGGGUGGGGAGCCAUUUUCAGCCCCGGAGACAAGCUGCUGGGGCCUGUCAAUCACCUGACAGCACAACAACCUCAGAGCUCCCGAGGGCUCCUUUGCAGCCAUCUCUUUUCCUGCCCCACACCUGGCUUCACAUAUGAUGUCGAGGUGGAUGUGGCUUGGAGAAAACUGUUCCGUUCAGAGUCCCUCAAGGCUGCGAACAGCGGGACUGCUGUGGCGUCCAGUCCGCUUCCACUGUGCCAACCUGCUUCUCCCGGCUACAGCAGAGAAUCUUGCGCAGUGGUGUCCCUGUGUGGAAGGAAUCUCAGCCAUGCAGUAAAACUCUCGUACAAUGGCUUCCUCUAUUCUAUGAUGCGUUCAUUGUACAGCAGGAAAAUGACAACAGCCAGGGGAAAGCGAAGACAUGCUUCUCCUGUCGCAGCCGAAACAGAAAGUAAAAACGUUCACAUAAUAAAGAUGCGAACACACCCCAGUGACAGGAUGCCAUUUCCCUUGAGCUGUUAAUCCUGUAAGCUCUGGGUAUCCUCACAAAAGCAGCCUCACAGGUCAAAACAGGACCCUGGAUAGUUCUUAUUUAAGCCAAGAGGCCGGAGGUUGCCCAGCUCUGCUGUAGCACUUGGUUCUGCCAGAUUGUGUGAACUGUGGCUUGGAGCGGGCUAGGAACGCAUUCUUUCUUCUGACAAAUCCUCUGUCUUGGGCUGGUUGGAUGCAGAGGAAUGGUGGGAGGAACCAGCUAGGGAAUCACCAGGGGAAGAAGACUCAGAACCCAGGGAGUGGUGGUGGGAUGACAAUGAGUGGACAGACGGAGAAGAGGGAGAGGAGUGGGAAGAGGAGGUGUCGGAAGCUGAAGAGGUAACAGGGCUCAGUGAGCUGGGAGAGUCUGUGGCAGAGAGAAGUCUAGAAUCAGAGACAGAAGCUGAAGCAGAAGAGGCCAAGAGGCAGAGAUGAGUCAGGCUGCUGAAGAGUCCCAGGUGUCUCCUACUCGUCCUGUGACAAGCUCCCCUCUUGCCUGGUCUCCCAGAACUAGGAGAGGCAUGAAAAGGGCGGAGGAGAAAAAUAGUGUUGCACAGGUGAAGUCUCAGAUCGCUUGGGGAAAACCCUGGAGAGGACUUAGACAGGAGCCUUCAGUCUUGGCAACUGCUUCAUGGGGGCCAGACCCACGGGGAUGAGCUGCUGUGCUUAUUAGGCCUGACACUCAACCAAGUCUGCAGAGAUCAUGUUAUUGCUAAUAAACACUUAACUCCAACUUUGAAUGGUGUGAUUUACUGCCAGCUGACUCUUGGACUUCCUCUCACGCUUCACGCCUCAAAACAGUCCUUUCUCCCAUGAUGCACUUAGAACAGGCUGUUGUUCUCUCUGUCAUCCCCAGGCCUCUUUGAACCUGGCGACAUGAAAUACGAGCUGGUCCGCAACAAUCAGACUGACCCAUCUCUGGCGGAGAUGACUGAGGUCGCCUUAAAGAUCCUCAGCCGCAACCCCGAGGGAUUCUACCUCUUUGUUGAAGAUAAGUUGGGGCAUCUUCUGGGCUGCGUUGACCAGGGUUUGGGUAGAAAGCAGACUGGGAUCUUGUAGUUAAAAAUUUGUAAACAGCUCAGUGAAAGGGGGAUCCAUUAACUGGGGCGAUUGCAGGUGUUUCCCCUGAUCUCUCUCCUUCUAAGUUGCCCUUUUCUCCGCACGAGGCAAGAUUGACCUGGGACACCACAACGGCAUUGCCAAGCAGGCUCUCACUGAGGCAGUGGAGUUCGACAAAGCUGUCCAGCGGGCAGGGGAGCUGACGCAAGAAGCCGACACCUUGACCGUGGUGACCGCUGACCAUUCCCACGUCUUUGGCUUUGGCGGCUACACGCUGAGAGGCUCCUCCAUCUUCGGUAUGGGGCUGGUGAUGAACCCGUCGGUUCUGGUUCUGGUGGGCUCAGCUGGAAGUGUGUGUGUGUGGGGGAAAGGGCCGUAGAUCAGGGUUAGAACACCUGCCUUGAAUGUAGAAGGUCCUGUGGGAUCUUCACAUAGGACUGAGGAAGCCCAUUCUGAAGCACUGGAGAGCCGCUGCCUGUCAGUGCAGACAACGCAGAGCUACAUGGACCAUUGGCCUGACUUAGGAUUGUAGAAUUGGAAGGGACCCUGAGAGUCAUCUAGUCCAGUCCUCUGCAGUGGGGAUAUCUCAGCUAAAGCAUCCACAACAGAUGAUCAUCUAAUCUCUGCUUUAAAACCUCCAAGGAAAGAGAGCCCACAACCUCCCAAGGGAGUCUGUUCCACCAUUGGUCCGCUCCUCAUGUCAGAAAGUUCUUCCUGAUGUUUAGUCGGAAUCUCCUUUCUUGUAACUUGAAGGCCCUUGGUUCAAGUCCUACCCUCCAGAGCAGCAGAAAACAAGCUUGUUCCCUCUUCCACGUCACAGCCCUUGAGAUAUUUGAAGGUGGCUCUCCGAUCUCCUCAGCCUCCUCUUUUCCAGGCUAAACAUAAGGCAGCUAUCUAUAUUCCAAAGGUCUUCAGAACUGUGCUCCAAACCACAGCCGCUGGAAGAAUAUGGUGGUAACAGUGCAGUGAGGAUGCACAGCCUCUUGGGCUGCAUCCAAAAGGGCCAUGGCUUAGAGAGCAAAGCCUGUGUUUUGCCUGCCAAAGGUCCCAGGUUCAAUACCUGGCAUCCCCAGUUAGGGGGGAAAAAAAGAUGUUUUCUAGUAGAGUUGAAAAAUACUUCUGCCGUAGAUCUUGGAGAGCCUCUGCUGCUCAGAGUAUUUUUUUUUUUUAAUGAUAUUUAUUAAUGUUUCAAAAAAAGGAUACAUAAAUAAGAGAGAGAAAAAAAUAAAAAAAGAAGAAUACAAAAUACAAAAAAAACAAUUAAAAACAAUUCCAUCUUUUCAUCACUUCUCUUUCAUUUACUUAUUUCCCGGACCUCCUCAUACCUCCCUUUUUUGUAUUCCAGUUCAAUUUAUUGGUCCAACAAUUCCUUUCCCUCCUUUUUAAUCCUAAUCUUUAAUCUUAAUAUAUUAUAGCAUUGGUUUUUUACGUAUUGAAAGUCCAAUUUUUCCAUAUUCUUUUAUACCGUUACAGCUAGAAACCACUUAACUUCAAUCCAACAUCAUUCUAACAUUCAUUAAUUUUACAAUAUUUCUGUAAGUAGUCUUUAAAUUUCUUCCAAUCUUCUUCCACCGACUCUUCUCCCUGGUCUCGGAUUCUAGCUGCUGCUCAGAGUAUUGAACUAGAUGAACUAACAGGCUGAGUGGCCCUCCAGGGAUAAAAUCAUAAAAUCGUCAAGUUGGAAGGGACCCCUGAGGGUCAUCUAGCCCAACCCCGUGCAAUGCAGGAAUCUUAGCUAAAGCAUCCAUGACAGACAGCCACCCAACCUCUGCUUUAAAACCUCCAAGAAAGGAGAGUCUACAAGCUCUGUCUGGCCCUCCUCAUCACCCUCUCCUUGGGUCAUGCCUUUCAGUGGCUCUGCUUCACACCAUGGGUGUUUUUGCCUGCCUGGAAUGUGCCCUUGAACUCAAACCAUGCCUCUCGCUUGUCUGAAUGGGGGUUAGGGGGUGUGUGUGCAAGUGUGUGUAGAAAGCAGCCUCCCACACAAAGGCAGAAUGGGCAUGCCCUGCUCCACCCACUUUUGCCCUUGGCCCCGCCCCCACUGGAAUUCGGCCCUUGGGAGCUUGCCCAGAAAGGAAACUGGCCCUUGGCUUGGAAAGAAGAUUCCUCACUGUCCACUACGCUCCCUCCACAGGCUUGGCCCCUGAAUUAGCAGCAGACAGGAAGGCGUACACAUCCAUCGUGUAUGGGAACGGGCCGGGCUACCAGAUCACCAGCCAGGGCCGCCCCAAUUUGACCGAAGAAGAGAGCGGUAAGAGGGAUGGCGCUGCUGAAUUGGGGAGGCCUGGGGAGGGGGAGGCUGGACAGGGUGUGUGGUCAACAUUCAAGGCUAGUUUGACUCUAUGGCAGGGAUUCCAAGGCCACAGCAGACGUCACCCAAGGGUGUUAAUUGAGACGGCAGUGGUUGUGGUGUUUAACCCUCCCUAUGCCAUUUUCCGGGACGCGGGUGGCGCUGUGGGUUAAACCACAGAGCCUAGGACUUGCCGAUCAGAAGGUCAGCGGUUCGAAUCCCCGCAACGGGGUGAGCUCCCGUUGCUCGGUCCCUGCUCCUGCCAACCUAGCAGUUCGAAAGGACGUCAAAGUGCAAGUAGAUAAAUAGGUACCGCUCCAGCGGGAAGGUAAACGGCGUUUCUGUGCGCUGCUCUGGUUCGCCAGAAGCGGCUGAGUCAUGCUGGCCACAUGACCCGGAAGCUGUACGCCGGCUCCCUCGGCCAAUAAAGCGAGAUGAGCGCCGCAACCCCAGAGUCGGCCACGACUGGACCUAAUGGUCAGGGGUCCCUUUACCUUUAUGCCAUUUUCCAGAUCUGAGGUUCAAACGCCUCCACCCACUUAUUGUUGCACCAAUCCACAUUAAACGCUUAACCCUCCACUCCAUACUUGCUUUAAAGUAAUACCCACACAUUCCCCAAAACUAAGGGAGAUCCUGUUACUGAUCUUCCACAUUAUGUGUGGCCUGGACCCUAAACCUGUCCAGUGUCCUUCGCAGUCGUAGGCAGUAAUACUUCUGAAAACCAGUUGCUGGAAACCACAGGUUUCCACCAGGCAUCUGGUUGGCCUCUGUGAAGGGCCCUUGGCCUGAUCCUGCAGCCUCUUCUUAUGUUCUUCCAUUCCUCUCCCUAGAGCGUGACGACUACCACCAGCAAGCUGCGGUGCCCCUUGACUCGGAAACCCAUGGGGGCGAGGACGUAGCCAUCUUGGCAAAGGGCCCCAUGGCUCACCUAUUCCAUGGGGUGCAGGAGCAGACGUUUGUUGCCCAUGUCAUGGCAUACGCCGCUGGCAUAGAACCAUACCAGGAGAAUGGCCUGGACUUUAACUCUGCCAGGUUGACAAAACCCACCUUGGUGACUCUUCUCUUGGCCUCCUUGCUCCUUUGGGCCUGUUAAUCCUCCCCUGGACAACAACUCGGGGUACAUCUCUCUCCUCUUUCUCUCCUCUGGACAUUGCUUCCAACUCUGAUGCCACAUAGAAUGCACCCUCAAGAGCUUUGCUUCUUAAGCUAAACAAGUGUUCUCCAUCCUGUUGAAGGCUGAAUCAAUGAAUGUCUUCCAUCUUGUUCCACCAAAAGUGGGGUUGGCAGUUCCAGUCAUGGUGUGAACAUGCAGGAGCACACGCAGGGGUAUCCCUCAUUUCAAGGAAACAUGAAUUCCACUUCUGACACCAGUGUUGCACACUACCCCCCAAUCUCUGAGCAGUGUGAGAUUCCAGUGAUUCCAGGUGCUUAGGAGUCGGAAUGAGGAACAGCGGAGACUGUGGUGCCUCAAAAGAGGGUGACAUGCUCACCUUCAGACCCGAGAGCUGCUCUCCUACCUAGACCUGAACGGUGGGUGGUAGUGAACCAAAAGCAUGCUGCCAUGAAUGCCACAGGGAGACCAUGCCCAGCUUCUAGAAUGCCAAGCAAUGCUCAAACCCUGCAGUGCCCAAAUCCUCCGUUUCUCGUAAUCAUUGUUACUAGCAUUGAUAGGUAGAGGCUGGAGCAGUGUGUGUGUGUGUGUUGUGCAGUUUGAAAGGAGAGGUUCCUUGGGCAGCUGACAGGCUCCUUCCCAUCAGCUGAUUCUUCACUCCAUGCCAGUUAUCAUGGAGAUGUGACAUGAUGGUUCCUAACCCAACCAUCACACUUCCACCUGGAUUUGCCAUGUCUGACUGGGAAUGGUCUCUUAAAUAACCACCUGUGCUCCAGAUCAGGACCACAAGGGAGCUUCCAGGGACUGUGCUGAGGAGGGCUUCACUGAGGAAGAAUGGUGGGAGUCACCCCCUCUUCCUGAUCCUGAAUCUUCCCAGGAGCAGGAGGACAGUAUAGAUUUGGAACAGUGGUUUGCAGAGGGGCUUAGUUCAGAAGGCAGAAGCUGGGAAAUACUGGAUGGGGAACAGCUAGCAGAAGAAACACUAGAAGAGAGAGAGUCAACAGAUUCACGGUCUCUGGAUAGUAUCCACCCCCUUCCCCCAAAGUCCUGGAGAGCUCAGAAAGUGUCAGAACAGAAAACACAGAGGCUCCAAGCUCAGAUUACAAGAUGUAGAAGUGAUGUAGAUUAAUAGGGACGGAUCAGGGAGUGAACUUAAUUGGGAGCACCACCAUUCUAGUCAGAUGCUUUUUUUGUGUCCCUUAUUAAAGAAACUAACUGGUAAGAACUCUCUUUCGCUUGAUCUGCUCAUUUAUGGCCACGGGGGGAGGAAGCGGAUUCCCUGAAGCCUGACAGGAGCACAGAGAUCGGCUGUUUUGGUUUCUGAUUGGCUGCGCCUCCAUCUUGGAAUUCUUCCUCCCAGAGAAUCUGAGCCCAAGCACCUUCUGGAAGUGACAUAAGUGAUAAGGCUCUCCGUGGCCACUAACCUCAAUGGCUGUGUUCUGUCUCCACUGUUGGAGGGAGCAAUUUUUUGCAUACAAGUUGCUGGAAACCAGAGGAGGGGAGAGUGCUAUUGGGCUGAUCCUGUGUACAGACCUGAUCCUGCGUGCUCUUCUGAUGUUCCUAAGCAAGACAUUUUAAUUCAAUUCUGUUAAUUCAUUAAAUUAAAUUAAAGGAUGAGGUAGCACAG